UUAUAAUCCUAACAAUCUAACAACAGGAUGCAUGAAAUGAAAAUUAACACUUAAUUCGAUAAAGAUAAUCAUCUAUAUAAUAAGUAUUCAGUAUUCUGAAUCAUUAGAUAGCGAUGAUCAAUAAGGCAACAUAAUGAAACUACGCCAACUGUUAUGUUACAAACGGAUUUGGCAAGCUACAACGGACGUUGGCUAGCUUGUAGCCCCUCUGAAGCUUAAGAUUGUCAUGGCUGACAGUACGGAGCUAUUGUUUUUCGACACGUUUUCACAUGAAAGUUCAGAGGAACUUAAUUUAGACCUUGUACAAUUCCCAAAACCUGUAUUCAUUAGUGAAGUUCGAAUAAUUCCAUUGGGAGCUCGCGUACAGGCCGAUUUUCCAGGUGGAGUUCGUCUUGGAGCAACGAAUCCAUCACAGUUUGAUAUAGAAUUCUUUGUAAAUGAUCUGAGCAAACCUGGAGCUUCUACAUUUGAAAGUCUUGGAGGAUUAGAAUAUAAGCAGAAUGUUAAUAUUCAAUUGGAAUGUGAUCGAAGGAUUCCCACAGAUGGAUUGGUUUUACGUGGUUGGUAUACCACAAUUACAUUGGCUGUGUAUGGGGUCCUCACCAAGUCUGUACAGGAAGCUCCUCCACCUCCUCCCCAGGGGUUGAUAACCCAUACGGUGCCACCACCAGUCCCCUGUCCAGCAGACCCCAGAGUGACAGACCCGAUUGUCACUAGUGCACCUGCUGGUGAUUGGGUUCAGCAGCAUGCGCAGGUAGCAGACUUGGCUCCAUCAGUGGACCGUGGUUAUAUGGUGGAGACCACAAUACCAGAUCCAUACAAUAAUAAUUACUCUGGAGAAUAUCAUCCACCACCUCCAGAAUAUCCUGCCCAUUCAUAUCGAGAAGAAUGGCCACAGCAGCCUCGGGCUGUGCUACAUGGUCCAGGAGAAUCAUACGAGGCUCCGAAAGAUCCUCGACCAAUGCCGCCAUACGAGGAGGAACGUUUGCCUUGGGAGAGUGGUGGAAGUGUGGAGGAGAAGUUACCUUGGGAACGAGAUCGAACUAAGGACCGAGAGCGUGAUAGAGAGAGAGAACGUGAUAGGGACAGGGAAAGAGAGCGUGACCGACGCGAUAGGGACAGGGGUCGUGAUAGGGAACGUGAUAGGGAUAGAGACAGAGACAGCUAUCGGGACAGAAGCAGGGACAGAGACCGGAGCCGAGACCGAGAUACUGACAGGGAUUGGGAGGAUAGGUCCCGGAGAGAAGAUAGGGAGCGUGAGAGAGACCGGGAGCGAGAUAGAGAGCGGGAAAGGAGUAGUAGCAGUGCACGUGAAUAUCAGGAAGUGUCUCGUGGGGGAAGUGGUAGUGGGGGUGGUGGUGCUGGGUGGGGUGGAGCACGCAGGGAACAUACCUCCCUGUCAGUGGAACGGCUGCCAUGGACAGACAGGGGUGAACACCCGCAGUCCAAAGGCCCCCCGUUGCUGCCGAUACCUCCAGAACAUGUGGUUCCACCACCUCACCAUCACCCCCACCAUCAUCACGAAGGCCCAGGUCCAGGAAAUCUGCACAGGAUUCCCUCGCACAUGCACCCUCAUCCUCCUCCGGGACCAUCGCAUCAUCAUGAGAUGGCGAGGCCACAUUCGCGAGGAGAACGCAAACCACGUGAUGGCUCAUGGGAGCGGAGCCAGGGCCCACCAUCUGGGCCACAGGGAUCAUUGCUUCAUCAGAAUCAAGAGCAACCCUGGGAACUUGGCCUUGGUCACGAGAUGUCUCAGGAACGUGACGAGGUGAUGUCAGGCAGGAAGAGGCCACGAUCACCUCCUUCACAGCCCUCGCCUGCAUCUGGCAUAGCACUGCGUUCUCCCAAGAGGCCUCACACGCCUCCCCCACAACAGCCACCAGGUGGCCCCAUCACACCCGAAGAUAUGCUCCCUCAGCAGCAGAUGGCACCAAGAUGGCCAUCUUCAGCUUCACCAAGCAGAAGUGAGGCCACCAAAGUGAAGAAAGAAGUGAGUUCGCCUACGCCAUCAUCCGGUGCUCAGCAGAAGUUUGAGUCUCUUUCGCCCGGUGACGUCGAGUCCAUCUCAGAAGGCGAGAUCCCGGAGACAGAGGCAGAUUUGGAGGGAGAGUCUCUUCCACUAGUGAAGAAUGAGACUUCCGAAUUGAUGGAACCUGACAAGAAUACUGGAGAAAAUGCAGGAGCCUCAGAAGAGGUUUUGUCAGCCAGUGAUCCAACAGUUAAGUUGGAGCAAGCUGAGGGUGAGAUAACCCCCACCAGGCCAGGAUCUGUGGAGCGAAAGACUCAGCCAUCUGCCACACCCUCCCUUCCUAACUCUGUCCCAAUAGCUGGUUCUCCCAUUAAGAUUUCUGCUGUGUCUAGUCCAAGUAAUAUCACUCAUGGCCUACCAUCUACACCUCCGCCUGCUACAGUGAGCAAUGUGGCAACGCCUGCUGGCUCACCUAUCCUUCCAGAUGAGCCUGGUAUAAUGGUUGUGGAACCAUAUGAACCCAUCCUCAGCGAUGAAGAUAUUGAUGAAACAGAUGCACAGUUCCAAGACAUGGAUUAUGACUUUUCAGAAUAUUGUGAUGACCACCUGAGCAAAAGUUUCAAUCCCUUUACGUGUGAACUUCAGCCAUUAGUUUACCUGAUGGAUCCUAGUUUGUCUCCUUGUGAAGUGGUGACAAAACGAUUGCUUAGGUUGCGAGCUGAGGGAUGCCUUAAGCCCACAAUGGAGACACCAAAUGAGGCUGUGAGGUUAGAAGAGCUUGUGCUACAGCAGGGGAAGUCUGUAACUGUUCAGGCUAGAGAUACAUGUUCAGGGGAACCACAGGUUCAUGAAGACUGGGUGCAUUUUGCUGAGCAGGUUCCCUCCCUGCUGAUUAAAGCAUUGCCAUAUGUCUAUAAUAAGGAAGAUAUUAUACAGACAUUAUUCAAAUGGGUAGAAAUUGGAUUGGACUUUAGCCUGGCACUGAGUCAACCACAGCCAGGUUACAAAGUGCGACACAUCAAAGCAGGAGUUCGCUUGGUUGAAGCCCUGUGCCACUGUGGUGAAGCUGUCACGGAACAAUUGUUAGAUGCUCAAGAUAUCCAUUCUAAACUCCUGGACUUGUACCACAAAGACUACAUGGCUCUGUCCAUCAAGCUGAUGAUUUUGCGUGCAUUGGAUUCGAGUCUUAGUUGCCAGCAGGCCUUACAACAUUUUCUAGGACAUAGGACUAGAGGUCAUAAGUUAACCCAAAAUAGAAAUUGCUUCAUUAAAGUGAAAGACGAUCCUGCGAAGGAAAUAGAAGGAAGUACGAGUGGUUACCGGACGUUGAUUAAAAUGAUUCAGGGCCAUCAGCUGGCAAGAGUGAAGUUUGCAAUCAGCUGUUUACUUCGAAAGUUACAUGUGUAUGAAGUAUUAGAAAGAUUGAGAGAAAGCGUAGGACAACUGAUAGACGCUAGUCCACCUCCUGGCAUAGCUAGCCCUGAAGAUGAACGGCAGAGGUUAUCGGAUACCAGCCCAGAACCAAUCCCUGCAGUUGUGGAAGUGUCAGAUCAAGAGGUAGAAACAAUUGUGUCUUGUUUGGAAGAGAUCCUUCGUGUGUGUAGGGAAGCGCCAUUAGCCAUAUCUCAGCCAAAGCGUUUCCUGCCAGUUUGUGCUCAGUUUGAAAUCAGUCCCUGUUCACAGGACCCAUACCCUGCACUAUUUUCUUUCUUCCGCUGUCAUCGUCUGUUGGAAGUAUGUCUUGUGCUACUGUCUUGCCCUACCACAGCAGGCUAUUCAGUAAUCACUGUUCCUGUACAAGAAAUUCUAGCUGCUUUGUUGGAUUCUCAGGAAGGAAUGCAGUUCUUGGCCUCAAAUGUGGAUAUCACAGGUGCAAUUCUAAGAGUACUAUUGCAGCAAGCACCUCCUGUGUCACCUGGUCCCCCAGAAGAGGUGCUGGACGAAAGUGCGGUGUCUGCCCCUCCAGCCCAGCAACUUGGUCUAUACGUGGCUUACCGACUUCAGGCGUUGCAGUAUAUUGAUGCACUUUUAGACUUAAGUGCUAGUGAUCCAUCAUUUCUGGACCCAGAUCAGACAGAAGUUCUGGACUGUCUGAACAGUUUGUAUUGUUUGGGCUUUUCUCCGGUUGGGAAGCUUUCCUUAGUUCAUGUUUUGAGCCGUGGAGACAAUAUAAGAGUUCUUUUGCGAUUUUUUACCGAAGACAAUUCCCAAGAACAGCCACAAACUCAAGCUCUGAAGUAUGACAUUGGUGAUUCAAAGAUAAAGAAAUCUCCAGGGAAAAGUUAUUCAGCAGAUCUCAUUGUGAUGACAGUGAAGUACUCUGAUUACGUCCCUUUCCUGCAGAAAUUUGGUAAAGAAAUACUUGAAGCUGCCUUAAGGGACGAGCAGCAGUUACCACCGUGUAGGUUGUAUGAAAUAGUGUCAUGGUUAAAACCUGUCGAAAACCCUUCUUUGUUUGCAUACGAUGAUAUAGGGAUGCUUAGUGAAAUAAUUAAGAGGAAUGUUGAAAUUGCUACUACUUUGCCAGGUGAACUUAUCAUUGCAGUUAGAAUUUUGAAGUUCUUGGGAAUUCCCCUCAGAGAUAAAGACUUGGCUGCGGUACACGAGGCAGUAGAUGCAGAAGAGUACGUCGAACUAAAGUAUAAGUACGUAAUACUGCAACUGUUCUCUCAGGAAGGUGUCACAAAUCUAACUGCCAUCCUGCAGAGACUGUGUGAAUUUUAUGAGCAGCCCAUGUUACAUUCAACGAGUUUUGUCGGUUAUCAAGGUGCAAUGCUUGUAUCGUUCAUCUUGCCAGCAAUUCAGCUGGUCCGCCGGAUGCUGACGUACGUCAUUCACUGCCGUAACACAGAAUUUAAGGACCUAAGUUCUGUACCUGUACUGCUGCAGACAUAUAGUUUGAUGCAUGCGUUUCCUGCUUCGGCCCUCGCUUAUGUGGACUCGCAACGUGUUUGUCGUGAAAUCAUAGAGACACUGCUGGCUUACACGCAGCCCAUAUCCUCAACCCCAUCAUCAGAAACAGAAGCUCUGAACAAAAGCUUGUGGACGAUGAUGAUGUCGGAAGUUGUGAAGUUUGUGACUACUGGACCGUACACAUUUGUACCCGGUUUGCUUGUUCUGUCUGAGCUCCUUCCAUUGCCUUUACCUGUUCAAACAAGGACACCUCUCCCAGAGAAUGAAAUCCUGCGGGCAGUGAACGGACGUAAACUGUGGAGUGCACAUCUACAUUCGUUAGGAUCAGGACUUCAGGAACUUAUCGCAACAAUGAGUGGCAGCAGUUUCCAGCCCUUGCUUCAGUUAUUGAGACGUGUGUGCGUGCAGUUGGCAGACCUCGCUGCUCCCACAGCGCUCAUUGUGAGUCGAGGUGUUCUGGAUACCGUGUUAGCGAGUCUUCAGAAUCUUCCUUCACCCUCUGCACAACCCCUUCCUUCAAGUAACUCUUUGUCUGCUCCAAGUGUCACCCCAGAUUCUCCUUGCUCUGGCCACACAGCUCGUCUGCUCAAUUUUCUUGCCUGCCUUGUGACACAUGCAUCAGUGAAAUCAGCUGUACUUCAUCUGCUAGCCAAGGGCGGCUCAGUGAAGUCUGAUGAACGUUACCCUGCACUGGUGACAUCUCUCUGUGCUAUCCUGCGUUCACCAUCAGACUCUUCUUCACAUAUCCAGGCACAAGAAUGCGUCGUUUCGGUGAUUCAGUCGCUUUGUGACACAGAGGUGACACUGCUACCUCCGCCAGGCACGACGCUGGUUGGAGGAAGCGGGGGAGAUAUUGGUUGUAUGCCAACACCAGAAGUGUACCUGGCCAAUGCUCUACCUCCACGUGAUCUUCUUCUGACAAUGUGCACUGUCAUGUUGGAACAUGUUGCCAAUAUUGAACACAGCUUCACAACAUUGUUACCAACUGUUCGCACUUUCCUCAUGCUCAUGGAGCAUGAUUAUGGGUUUUACCAUCUCAAGAGCUGCCUGGAGAAGAAAACGGACGCGUUGCUGAAUUUAUUCGUCAAAUUCUGCUCCGGAUUCAGUAAGGAUAGUUCAGACUGCCUUUCAACUCUCUCCACGAGCCUUGAACUUCUGCGUGUGUGUAUCUCCCUUGAGGAAGAUGAGACAGAGUCAGUCCUGGGAUUGCCUGCUAGGAAUCUUGUGAUGUCUGUCCCAGAGCUUGCAGUAGUGCUUGGCUGGGAUCGUGCCCAUGCAGAGGGCCAGGAAGAUGAGUCAGUGGAUGCCAUUGCGGCUGGCGACACAACCAAGUCUCCAGCGGACACAAAUGAAUCCAUCGAGAUUAAUGGUGCUACGCACAACAAAAAGAAACAUCCUAUUUUCUGUUUAGAGAAACUUUUACAGGAUUGUAGCUCUGAAGAAGAGGCUUUGGAGAGUCUGCAUGAGAAUGUGGCCAGUCUUAUCAAAUUGCUCGAGGUUGAAGGAAGCAAACCUCUCGAGAACAGAGAGUUGCCAGAACCGAUUUUACCUCCGCCUGAGCCAUUGCUCUCGCAGUUCGCGGCUCGUCCUGUAUUCGUAGUUGGUGAGGUUGACGAUGAACGUCUCAGCUCUACAUACUGGCUUGCACCUCCGCCUGUAGAUGAGGCAGAUCAAGAUAUGGAUCAGGUGAGCUGUGACCUAAUGGAAAUGGCACGUCUCUACCUGCCAGACUUCCAUCUCCCACUGGAGGCAGAACGGUUGUGUCGUCUCAAGACGACAGCUGGAACUGAUGGGGAUGAAGAUGAAGGUGACCAGAUGAAGAAGAGAGGGGAUGACCUCAACAAAUACCUCACAGCAGACAGCAAACAUAAGAGGCCAUUUGUGGCACCAAUGCGAGGAAGAGGUUUUGGUAGGUCAGUACCACAACGAGGUGACCUGUUUAGGUCACGACCACCCAACACUUCUCGCCCUCCAUCGCUCCAUGUGGAUGAUUUUGUGGCAUUGGAGAUUUCUGGCCAGCAGCCCACUGGACCAACUGGAUACAACAAGAUUUCAAUGCGAGCUGCCAAGGAUAUGAUGGCAACUAGAGCUAGAGGUAGAGGGCGGGCCUUUGGUACUGAUAGGGGGCGCUUCUUUGGUUCUGCCACACCCUACAACCGUCGUGAAAAUGGGAGAGGAAUUCCCAGGGGUGUGAGUUCAAUGCUGCCACGUGUUGGCAAUGGCAGGGGUGGAGUAUCUUCACCUGCCUGGCCUCCACAUAGUGGUGAAGUGCCAAGUCCCAGUAGUCAGCCGCCUCCACCACGUUCAUUUCGGACUCCAGAACCACGAGACAUGCGGAUGCUCCCUCGUUCUGAGGAAAAAUUUAGCAUUGCUGGUGGUAGCAGUAGUGGUGGAGGUGGAAGUGGUCGUUUUGGUGGUCGAGGCAUCAGAGGAGGUGGUCCAGGGAAUUGGGCUAUUAAGGACAACCGGGAGAGAUUUGGUGGCCCUAAUAUUCGAGGCGGAGGACGGAGAGAACCGCCUCCUGGACGUCAUGUACGUUCAUUCACAAGAUAAAUCUUGGAUUUGUUAUAUGUUAUAACAACUACACUAUUCUUUCCCUUUGUAUUGAAGGACUGAAAGUUUUUAGUCUACAAAUAACUAUAUGAUGCUUCGUAAAGGUGAGCUUUUCACAUGGUGUUUUUUGUUAUAAACCCCUUUAUAAGUUUUUACACUCACUGUUAAGGCAUCAGGAACAUGCAACUCUACUUAUUAACACUACCAGUUCUUCAGCGUCAUGUUCUAACUCCAUUUUUAGUGUUCAGUUUUCUCCAAAUACAGCAAUCCACAGACUGGAGGCUACAUUUUAUGUAUAUUAGCUCAAAUAUAUUUUUUAAUGUGAAAUAGACAUGAAACAUAUAUUAAUCUGUAAACGAAAAAUAAUAGAAUGUAUUACCUUGCAUAAGAAUCAUCCAGCAAAUGGUUUGAUUAAGACUAAAAGCUAAUUGUACGUGUGUGCACUGUGUGUUACAUUAACCAUUCUUAACUUAAGUAAUUGUACACUUUUUUGAUCAGAUUUGGUACAGUGUGAAGUUGCUGUCACAUUUGUUAAUUGUGUACAAGGUUGUGCUCGAAGAAUAUCAUGCUUUAAGCAGAAUUGUUUACAGAAAGAAAUGGAUUUUGAGUAGGAAGAUAGUGAUGCAAGCAAUACUAUAUUUCCUUCUGACCUCUUAAAGCAUUGUCAUAUUUGCUGCAAACUUCAAGAAAAGUGAUGUAUUUUAUGGUGACUUCAUAAAAAAUCAAAUCAGUUUCUGUACAAAAUGAAGAUUUAGGUUUUAAAUAAUAAAACCAUCACUGAAGGAGGUUAUUGGUUAUCUGUU